GGGCCAAGGACCCCCCCGACAAAUUUGAUGGCCGUGCAAAGAAGAAUCGUUGCGCCGUCUUUGCUUACGCCACGCGAUCACUGGCGAUCGGUCCUUCCCAGUCCCUCACUUGUUUAACCCUCCACUUGCCGCCGUGCGCCACGAUCUGGCACGCGCAUCGGUGCGCCUGCCAUCCGCCGUGGUGAUCCACCGCCUGCCUGAUCCAUUCCACGAGCUAGCUAGCCAGCCGGACAGCGAUCGAGGUGGCGCCCGACAGGAUAGAUGGCCGGCGGUGGCGACGAUGCGGCGGCGGCCGUGAAGAAGGACGUGGAGGCGGAGGUCGUGAUCGUGGGCGGCGGCAUCGCGGGGCUCGCGACGGCGCUGGCGCUCCGGCGGGCGGGCGUGGCGCGCGGCCCCGGCGGCGUGCUGGUGCUGGAGCGCCACGCGGGGCUGCGCGCCACCGGCGCAGCGCUCACCAUCUUCCCCAACGGCUGGUUCGCGCUCCGCGCCCUCGGCGUCGCGCACAAGCUCACCUCCCGCUACGACGCCUACGAAACGUCCGAGGUGACCAACCUUGAGAGCGGAGCCAAGCAGGUGUUCCGCUUUGCCGGGACCAAGAACAAGUGAGUUCAUCCAUCAAUUCCUAGCUACCAAUUCUUGGUUCGUCACG